UCAUCUUAGGCAUGCAUAUGUCAUCAUUUUGUGGGAUUCGUGUAAAACAAAAUGGGGAAAUUUACAGUGUUAACAAUAACUAAAACUAUCAAAUCUGAUUUAUCAGUCGAAGUGAUUUACUAAAUCGUUACAUCAACAAGACUGGUCUUUAAUUUUGAUACGUAUACUCACUUAUUUCGUUAAAAUGCUAAUAUUGUUUGUUACAUGAACAAGCUUGCCAUAUUUAUAACAAAUAUUGUUUCCUUCACUUUUUUAUACGUCAUUCAUGCCUGAACCUACAACACCUCUUAGAAACCACAUUACCUCAUACAGAUUUUCUAACGAUGUCAAUAUCAAUAACUUGAGAUAAAAACAUCUCUUGCUGGGCUGAAGGUGUAAACGGCUAGAAAGCAAAUGUUCUAUCAAAUAUCGUUAAAAUAAAAUGUCUAUCAAAGCAUUCCAAACAAGUUUUGUUCUGAUAAUUUUGUUACAACUAAUAUCAUUAAUUAUUAAUUGGGAAUGGAGAAAUGAUAUUUUCAUAUCCACAAGAAGACAAAAUGAUAAAGAAAGUAGUUUGCCAGUCGGAAGAAAUUUGAAGGAAAAAUAUGCUACCGUUGUAACUGGGUAUUUUGAUAUAGGAUCGUUUCAUAAAGGGAAAAGCCAUUUCCGAAAACAAGGAUUUUACUUCAAAGUAGCAAACAUAUUUUCCUGUCUCAAAAAUUCACUUGUCGUUUACACAGAUUCGCCAGUGUUUUUAAAUCAUAUUAAAUAUAUACGAAGUAAACAGCUGAACAAAACAAAAAUAAUUUUCUUUGAACGGUCUUCUGCAUGGUCUUUUCAAAUUCUUGAUGACAUAAAACGGAUAUAUAGUAUUGAAGGCUAUACUAAACGAAAUGCGAGUACAGUUUUACCAUCGUACAUAUGCACUCUGCAUUCGAAAUAUUUUUGUUUAAAACAAGCUGCAGAAAACAAUUACUUUAACACAAAAUAUAUAAUGUGGUUGGAUGCUGGAUACUUUUGGAGAUUGAAAGCAAAUCGAGCAUUCUUUCUGAAAAGGCCAUUUAAGUUUAAUGAUUCACAAAUAGCAAUGAACAAAAUGAAUACUGGUCGCAGUAUACCAUCAAGUCCAGUUGACAUAAUUAAGCAAAGCCAUUCACAUGUUGGGGGCGGAUUAGUGUUUGGUGAAAUACAUACAAUAAUCAAGUUUUCAUCUCAGUACAAACGAGCUGUCGAAUAUUUUUUGUCAAAGAAUUUAACCAACGCAGAUCAACAAAUCUUACUUGCCAUGUUUACACAGGAAGGACGAAAAGCUAUCUGCCCUGAAGUUGAGAUAAAAACAUAUGGAACGGCUGACAAUCACGACUGGCAUUUCCUAGGUAAUAGCAUGAUUGAGCAUGAAAAUAUCUAAAGUUACAAUGCGGUCCUGCCCUUUCGUAAUUAUAUAGUAACUAUUUGCUUGCUUUAUCAUAUGUUCGCUUACAUAUUCAACGACAUUUUGCUGAAGGACGAAGCCGAGUACACAAAGCUAUUUGAUAUAGCUCUAUGCUUUUUACGUCUGUUGAUGCUGAACGUAUAUCAGAAAUCUCAUUUUUAUUGAAGAAUGUUGUCCGGUACGAAUACAUUUUUGUGAAAUUGCAGCUGCGUUUUAUUUACAUUUUUCUGUGUCAUUUAUUUUUUAAAAAUACACAUACUUUGUCAAAAAAGUGGCAAAAAACAAGGAAUACUAUGUUCCAAAAAUAAAAGUUAAGCAAGGAGAGUUUUCACAUUCAAAACGGGGAAUUUGUGUUAAAACCAACUGAGGUAAUGUGUAACAAACCGGGUGUUUGUGUAUAGAAUAUAGGAAUAUGUUUCAACAAAACGGGGAGUUAGUGUAAAGACUAAAUGAGGUACUAGUGUAUAACUAAACGGGUGCUUGUGUGUAGUUGAACGACGAACUAGCUAUUAAAAUAGUAUAUGCGGAAGCUCCUGUUUCAUACCAUAUAUGUAUGAGAAAAGUCAAUCGAGGGAUUUAAUUUUAUUUGAUGGGUUUUACGCUAUUUUUAAAUGGUAUUUCAGUUAUGCCAAGCGGGCAGUUUACCUAAAAAUCAUUGCUGGAAAGAUCAAGUACUAGUACUCAACCUGCGUAAGAAGCUGACAUCUUUCUUAAAUAAAGAGACAUGGUCGGUAGCAGGGAUCGAACCGAUGCCCCUUAAUCAUUGAGAGAUUAGAGUGAUUUUCAGUCAGCGAUUCUAAUCGCCCGGACACAAAGGCGGUCAGUCAAUAGAGAAAGUUCUAUAUUCUGUGUGUAAGUACAUUUAGUACGUCAAUCAUUCGACAUUCAUUCAAAGUUUUCUAUUCCAAAUGUUUACAAUAAAAUAACUGUUUAAGAAAGACAUAGAGCAAUCGAAGAACAAACCAGACACAUGAUGCAGAGACAUAAUGAAGCUCAAAACAGUACCUGGUUGUAUCAAGUUUACGUUUAAAUCACUUUUCAUUGCCUACAGCAACUGUUGAACUUCGAUAUUAAGUAAUGUUGUAUAUUGUAGUUUCUUCUUCAUGUUUUAACUUAAACUUUUCAUUAGGCAUUCACAAAGCUGUGCUAAGCAGACAAUUUAUUUUUCCUUCAUUUCUACUCAUUAUUCCAAAGACAGAAUUAACAGUCAAAACAUAUUAGUGGUUCUUAUAAAAAAAUCAGAUUCAGGAAAUCAUGCAUACAACAAAAAACAUACAACUGACUGGGAUUAUUUCCCAAUCGGGAUAAUAUUUUUCAGUUGUUGUGUUCCUACAUUUGAACUGUGUACUAUUAUAUAUACAUGAUUUAAACUCUAGUACCAUAUGCUAUUUAAUUAUUAUAAGUUUGAAAAAUUUAAGGUAUUACAAAAUGGAAAAAAUGACGUUCCCAGAUUAGGGUAUGAAACAGUGACCCUCGCUGAGAGUGAAGGCACACAUGCGUUAAAGUUAAAACUAGAACAAUGGAAGUUUCUAGGUAAUUAAUUUGAAUAAGAUAGUACUGAGGCAAACACAUAACCCUAAAUUUAGAAGAAUGACAGUGACAAAGCAUUUUUAUUUGCGCCUUUCUUUCCAAUAAUUGGCUAACGAAAACUUGAUUUUUUUAGCAAACGACUUUGCGCUUAUUUGCAAAGUGAAAUUAAAAAUCGGAAAAUUGUUCAUUCAAACUCCGCAAUCAUACGCAGUCCCUAACUUUUGCAUGAAAAUCGUUAUUUCUUGCCUGGGAAAAUCGCAAUUAAUAUUAACAAAGACUUAAACAAAGUAAACAGCAUUUCCAGUCAUAUUUUUUUGUUACCAAUAUAUUUUCGUAUAAAAAGUUUUUGUUUUUAUCUUUUGUACUAAUACGUUUACUUUACAUAUUUAAUCUUUCAGAAUUUGUGGGGGUCGUGUGUUCGAAUUCCACACACGGAAAGUCUUUUUCCCAAUUUUGUGACGAUUUUCCCUUUUGAAACUGAACAUGAUUUAAUUGCAACAAUACUAUCUAGAGUUUCGAUAACGAAAAUGUAUAUAUAGUAAAACAUUACAAAGGUAGGAGAAUGAAAACUGAAGCAACAGCUGAAUUUAUCGCAAUACAAAGUAUACUAGUACUAUUUCAAAACAAAGUACAUGUAGAAAAGGAAUGCUCGUGUAAAAGUCAUUCUGAUCAAGGAAUAGUAAAAUGAAAUCAGUCCUAAGUAUUUCAAAUGCAUGUGAUAUUGUCUUUUUAAUAAAAAAAAUUAUAUCGUAAGUAUUCUUAUAAAUAAAUUAUGAUAUAUUUGUCUUUCUCUCAAAGCUAUUAAUACCAGUAAAGCAUAUGUAUGCCACUCUCAAAACUAAAGGUAAAUGUACUUGCACCCAUAAUAAAAUGCGUCAGUUAGUGUUGGUCAGUUACAUGAAUGAAGCAUGAAAUAAUUAUAAAUGCAACAACGAAUAAUGUCGUUAUGUAUUUGAAUGCUUUAUACUCAAUAAAAUCCUUUACAACAACGGCAAUAAAAUUCCUCUCUUUUCAAGUUUCAAUUAACGAUAAUUACUCACUCUUUGCCCUGAGUAAAUCAAUUAUUCACUAAUUCCAUGUUCCUAACUACAAAAAAAAAACAAUAAACAAGAUAUAUAGGAUACAGGUCUUAGAAUUUGACAGCAU